CCUGCCGGCUACUUAUAAUCAUACCUUUAUGAAUAAAAUAACCAUAAGUAGCUCGAGUACAGUAUAGAGACAUGUUGCUAGGUGCGAGCUUACUUUUCAUUGGUAGAAAUCGUGAAAAAAUCGGAAGCCCGGCAUCGUUAAAAGUGGAAAAAGUCCAAAAUUUGGAAAAUUUGCGCGCUCUCGCCGCCCAUGGAAGACGUUUUUAUAAAAUUACAACUGCCAGAGAAUCUAAGUACAAAGCUACAGCUGCCUAAAAAAAUCUUGCCUUUGAAGCAAUAAAUAAGAGCCAGUUUUUAGGAAAUAAUGCCUCUUAUCUCGGUAGCGGAAAAGACCUGAGAAGAGAUAUUUUCAAAUUAGUCAUGUCCUUAUGUUAAUAAGUAACUUGCAAAAAGGAUUUUUCUUCAACUCGUCUGCAAAAAAACUCCAGCCAAAUCUAUUUCGACUUCAUAUGACAUAAGCUAUUCAUUGUUUCAUCUUGGUUUACAAGAAGAAUCAUCACCUUUAUUAUAAAAAUAGAUCAAAAUAAGCAUAACAUCUUUUGCUCACAAGAAAAAAUAUUCUGAAUAAAUAGAAUAACAUCGUUUAUGAAAGUUUCGUAAAGCGCUGUAAAAAACGCAUUUAAUGAAUAUUUCUUUUCUUUUUAGAAUCUCCUCACGCCUAUAAUCGUACAUAUCAACAUGCACAACAGUUAGGUCGACGAUUUUUAUCUGUUACCACAUUAAAAUUGCAAACUAUGGAUGAUGAAUUAAAAAAAUGGCGUAUACCCUUUAUGCUAUCGACUAUUGAAAAUAGUAUUGUAGCUUCAAAUUUGAAAUGUGUCUCUUUAGAGACAGUACUCAGUGCUAAUUUCUUGCUGAAAUUGUUAGAAAAAGCGCCAAAUGUCAAAAUAUUAAAGAUACUCAAUGAUACCACAGACAUUUUACGCAAUAGUCAAUUGUGUGCAAUAAUCAAUCAACAAGUAAAAGAAUUGUCUUUUUCAAGUACAGUCUAUUUGAGACAUCGUCAUGUUAAAGAAUUUUGUUCACUUUUGGUUAAUAUUGAAUAUCUAAGAAUUAAAUUUGAAAAAGUAAACAAUCUACGAAAAUCGUUGACUAGAUUCAUGGAAAAAAUGACGGCAUUACGAUUUUUGAAAAUAUACAAAUUCGAAUCAGAUCAAUAUGACAAGAAACUCAUGACAUUUUUUAAUCAGUCUGAGCAACAAUAUAUUCUUGAUAAUGAACAUAAAUAUUCUUUAUCGGUUUGGGUAAAAUAA